AUGAGUCUUUUAUGUUGGAACUGUCGGGGGCUUGGGAACCCCCGAACAGUUCGAGUUCUUCACCAUUUGGUGAAAGAGAAGAAACCCAAUGUUGUUUUCCUUAUUGAAACUCUGUGUAGAGGUAAUACCAUGGAGAAAAUUAGAUGUAAACUGGGCUUUGAAGGGCUUUUUGUGGUCAACCCAAUUGGCAGAAGUGGGGGCUUAGCAUUAUUAUGGAAGGAAAACUCUUUUCUGGAGAUCUUUAAUUACUCCCGUCAGCAUAUAAAUGCUAUCAUACGAAAUGAAGAUGGAAGCCCAGGAUGGAAGUUUAUUGGCUUCUAUGGAUUUCCCAAUACUGCUAGACGAUGGGAAUCAUGGGAACUAUUGAGAUUCCUCAAGACUUUUCAGCCUUUAGCCUGGUUGUGUGCAGGGGACUUUAACGAGAUUCUUGAUCAAACGGAGAAGCAGGGUGCAGCAUUAAGACGUAUCUCUCAGAUUAACCAAUUCAGGAGGGCGCUAGAAGAUUGUGAUCUAAGUGACCUAGGCUUCUCUGGGCCUCGAUAUACUUGGUGCAAUAACAAGAGAGAUGAUAGCUUUACACAGGAAAGGUUUGACAGAGCGGUUGCUAAUACGGAAUGGUGUUCCAGAUUCAAUUAUGUGAGGGUUCAAGUUUUGGAAGCUAUUUGUUUGGACCACAAUCCGAUCCUUAUUUUGUUCAAUGAUGUGCCCUAUGAGACUGGGCCUUCUCGUCGGGCUUUCAAGUUUGAAGCCAAAUGGCAGCUGGAUCCUGAAUGCAAUGACAUCUCUAAAGCAGCUUGGGAGCAGGAGGUUUUGGAGUCUAAUCAGUUGAAGGAAAUCCAGGCCCGUCUCUUAGCUUGCCAAAGAGAUCUUACACGUUGGAGUAAAGCAAAAUUUGGAAGAGAUGCAGAAAUGCUGAAACAGAAGAGUAGGAGACUUUUGGAAUUGCAAGGAAACAACAGCCCGAACCAAAUUGAGGAUAUCAAGCAGAUCCAAAAGGAUAUUGAUGAUAUACUGGAAAGGGAGGAUAUCAAAUGGAAACAGAGAGCUAAACAGAAUUGGUAUUGCCAAGGAGACAGAAAUACUAAGUUUUUCCAUGCUUGGGCAAAUCAUAGAAGAAAGAUAAAUUCUAUCCGGUCUAUCACUGAUGAACAUGGAAGAACGUGGAGGAGACAAAAGGAGAUUGGUAGAGCUUUUGUUGAUUACUUUGGAGAUAUCUUCACCUCUAAUUGUGCUGCUGAUAUUUCCCAAUGCUUGGAAAAUAUGGAGUCUCGACUUUCGGAAGAGAUGAAUUCAUCUUUGUUGAGGCCUUUUACGGUGGAGGAGGUGGGUAUGGCACUUUCCCAGAUGCAUCCAUUGAAAUCAUCGGGUCCAGAUGGUUUUUCUGUGGGUUUCUUUCAAAAAGCUUGGUGUUUUGUGGGUAAGAAGGUGUCAGAGGCAGUUCUGUCUUUUCUUAAUGGGGGACCCUUUGAUGCGUCCAUAAAUGCUACUAACAUAUGUCUUAUCCCAAAGAUUCCAUCUCCGGAAUCGGUCAAGGAUUAUCGGCCUAUAAGUCUGUGUAAUGUGGUUUAUAAAUUGAUCUCCAAAGUGCUUGCUAAUAGAUUGAAGCUUGUUUUGCCGCAAGUUAUUUCUCUGGAGCAAAGUGCGUUUAUUCCGGGCCGAUUGAUAACUGAUAAUAUUAUUGUAGUUUUUGAAACUCUCUAUACCAUGGCAUCUCGACUAAAGGGUAGAAAAGGGUUCAUGGCUCUUAAGCUCGAUAUGAGCAAGGCGUAUGACAGUUUAGAGUGGGGGUUUUUGGAGGCUGUGAUGAGGAAGCUCGGAUUUGCUGAGAGAUGGGUUCAACUGAUCAUGACCUGCGUUCGAACAGUUUCAUAUACUGUUCUCAUUAAUGGCCUUCCCCAUGGUCAUAUUGUACCCUCCAGAGAUGAAUGGAGCCAAAUGAAGGAUAUUUUGGAUGUUUAUGAGAGGGCUUCUGGACAGAGAGUAAAUAUGGAGAAGACUUCUAUUUUCUUCAGCAAAAACACUAAGGAGGAGGAGGAGAGGAUUCCCAUCUUGCAGGAAACAGGGCUGAACCCUAUCCAGUGUUAUGAAUCCUAUUUGGGGUUACUAGCUAUUGUUGGUCGAUCCAGAAUCUCUACUUUUAACUACAUCAAAAGUCAUAUUUGGAAUCGAAUGAAUGGGUGGAAAGAAAAAUUCCUAUCCCACGCGGGGAAGGAGAUUCUUAUUAAAGCGGUCCUUCAAGCCAUCCCAACCUAUACUAUGAGCGUAUUUAGGCUUCCUAUUUCCCUUUGCCGUGAUAUAAAUAUGCUUAUGAGUAAAUUCUGGUGGGGGCAUAUGGAUAAUGUUGAUCGGAUGGUUUGGAUGGCGUGGAAAGGUUUAGGGAGGAGCAAGAAUUCAGGGGGUUUAGGAUUCCGGGACCCGGAGAGUUUUAAUUUAGCCCUUCUUGCCAAACAAGGGUGGCGCUUAAUCCAGAAUACAGGCUCUCUAGCUGCUAGGGUGCUUAAGGAAAAGUAUUUUCCUGGGAAAUCCUUUUUGGAGGCUUCCUUGGGUUCUAAACCUUCUUAUAUAUGGCGUAGUUUGUGGAUGGCUAAACCCCUCCUGCAGGAAGGUCUAAUCUGGAAGGUGGGAGAUGGUACUAACAUCAACAUCUGGGGAGAUUGCUGGAUUUUUUCUCCCCAUUCAAAUUCUAUUCAAUCUCCAGUUCGAAUCUUAAAUAAUGAUUCAAAAGUUGCCGAAAUUAUUGACCAGGACACCGAUAUUGUUAAGAAAAUCUGCAGCUUGGCUAUCAGUCCGGGCGUUGUGCAAGAUAGGCAGAUCUGGGCGUAUUCGGCAAAUGGCUUAUUCACUGUUCGAAGUGCUUACUAUCUGGAGCUGGAUAGGAAGGCCCGGCAGAAUGGUUGCAGCUCUCUUGGCCCUUACCAAAGUCCUAUUUGGAAGAUAAUCUGGAAGUUAAGAGUGCCUCGUGUAAUCCAUCUUUUUCUAUGGAGAGCUUGUAAUAAUAUUCUUCCUACGAAAGAAAAUUUACAUAGGAGGAAAAUUGUCACUGACCCGUUCUGUCCCUUGUGUGGCCGAGAAGUGGAAUCUACUGGACAUUCCUUAUGGAACUGUGAUGCGGCUCGUGCUGUAUGGUCCGAAAGCCCCCGAGUUAUCCAAAAGUGCGCCAUUAAUGCAACUGAUUUUCACUCUAUUUUUUGCAAACUGUAUGAAAGGUUGGAGAUUGAGGAUCUAGAGCUAACAGCCAUUAUUGCCCAGAGAUUAUGGCUCCGUAGGAAUCAAUGGGUUUUUGAGAAUAAGUUCACGCCCCCCAUCUGUUUGCUGGUGGGUGCGAAGGAAUCCCUUCAGAAAUUUAAGGAGGUUCAUACCCUGCCUUCAAAUCUUUGUGGCCGAGCUCCAGUUUCCAGUUCCCCAUGGAAUCCCCCCAACGUUGAUACCGUCAAGGUGAACUGGGACGCUGCCGUUGAUAAGCGAAAGAAGAUUAUGGGGGUGGGUAUCAUUGCUCGUAACAACUUCGGGGCAGUAAUCGCGGCUCAGUGUGCGGUUCAAAUGUUCAUUUUGGAUCCGUCGGUUGCCGAGGCGAUUGGUGCUAAAUUGGGUGCAGAACUUGGCCGUGCUUUGGGCCUCUUCUCCAUCUUCCUGGAGGGUGAUGCGAGCGAGGUGGUUUCGGCUCUUAAUCGGGAGGAGGAAGAGUUCAGUAAAAUGGGGAGUAUUAUUGCAGAAACUAGGAAGAUUCCUAUGGAGUUCCCUAUGUGGAAAGUGGGUGCGGUUAGGAGAUGCUGUAAUAAUGCAGCUCACCAACUUGCUAGGUUUGCAGUCAGUCAGAAUUAA